GGGCUCGUUGAAGAUAAUUCUAAUGUCUUACCACUUACAGUAUUUAUGUUUUGUUUGUAUUAUCAGUAAACUUCAUAAGUUUUCGUAUUAUUCAAAUCAACACCGGAAACAUUUCAAAUGAUUUGCCUGUAUUGUUUGAAUGUGAAGUCACAUGGCGAUGUUUGGUUUUACUUCAGGGAGCUGGGAUCCAACGGAUUAGGCAAUAUUCCUCGGUCAGCGUUAAGCGGCUUGACUCAACUGAAAGAACUGCGUUUAUGGGGAAACGGUAUCGAGUCCAUUGACGCCGAUGUAUUUGAAGGAUUGCCGAACCUAACCACACUGUCCCUGAGGUCCAACAGGUUAGGCAAUAUUCCUCGGGCAGCGUUCAGCGGCUUGACUCAACUUACAAAACUUGAUCUCUACAAUAAUACGCUCGUCUGCGACUGCCAUCUGCGAUGGCUCAUUGUGACAGCUCAGGCCGGCGAGUCCAAUGUCACAGUAACGGGCGCUGUGUGUAGUGAGCCCGCGCACCUGAAGGGGCGUGAAAUAAGGAACGUCUCCCUAGCGGAUCUUAAUUGCAGCAUGUUCGACAAUAUUGAGAUAGUAAAGGCCCCCAAUGCCACAUACGACGUUGAGCCCAAUAUGAAGAUUGUCUUUGCCAUAGAUGUCAUCACGGACCCAUACUGGCAGAAUCAGAUUAGCUACAAAUGGUUCUGGUACUUGCCAGUUACCACGUCGACUGGUGACCAGAUUAUAGAGAAGCAGCCACUCCCACCCACCUCCAGCUAUGACAAGUACUUCAAGCUGUCACUGUCGGGCAAGGAGCUGAACUUAACAAUACCCGACGUGAAAACACCUGUAAUGGCGGACAAUACGGCCGAGUAUGAUCUCUACCAGGACCUCACGGAUGACAGGCUCUUCUCCAUCAAUAUCAGCCACAAGUUUGACCAUCGAGUGGUGAACUUCACUGUGAAAGGAAAGGAGCUGGAAAAAAAAAAGUCGUCAACAUCCCAAGCGCCUGUGUACAUCGGCAUUGUGCUCGGUGCCGUUGUGUUAGUUGUCACUGCUGCAGGUUUUAUCUUCAUAAGACAGAAGAGGCAUAACACCCCCAGCUCUCCGAUGGAAGACUCCGCACUAACUCCGAUAGAUGCUGGAAGAGGAUAUCAAAUACCGACAGACAGUAUCCAUAUGGGCAGCGAUGUUGAACCCAUUGCAGACCGUGAUAUACGGAUGUUAAUCGUUCGCUUCUUUAGAGGAGCCAGGACGAGAUUCUCACGAACUGCCCAAAGCCCAUCUUGUGUUCGCUGGUAAAUAUUUGUAUAUCGUCGCGGGAAAUUCACAUGAAAUAUAUUAUCACACAAAAAAUAACAACGGGAAUUUUGCAUCUCGUUAGAUCUAUGUUACGAGACCACAUAUAUCGCUAAAAGUUUGGAUAUUGCUAUAAGAAAUACUUAAUUGUUAUGGGUUUUCUCUAUUCUAUGAAAUAUUUUAAGACAUUUUGGUUGGUUUUGAGUAUUAAUGUUUCUUUACUAUAACGGUGUUUUGUUUGAAUAUACAUGAGUGAGUGGUAUAUAUAUCACGCCUCAAAAUGUUUCAAGUAUUUUACUAUGGGGCAUCUUAACAUAAUUAAGUGAUUUAAUUUAAAAAAAAAUCAAAUUAUAUGCUUUUAUUUGUUUUAAUUUUUAAUCACGGUGCAAUGAGUUUAAUGUUAUUGUUUGUUUACACUAUUGUCGUGCUUGAGUAGGUAUGAACUAAGUGUUUUGUUCAGCUAUUGAUGAACCGGUUUAAACAACAAAUGGUUACAAUGGUCAUUCCAUUGCGUUUAUCCAGUUUCAAUCAUGUUUUUGCCUACUGUUGUUCGGUUUAUCCAGUGUCAAUCAUGUUUUGUGCUUAAUGCUGUAUUAUAUGUAUUGUCUUGUAAAGCAUAGCCAAUUGGUCAUAUGCCUUUAAUUAAACACUAGCGGACACGGAUUUAUAUCCUGUUUAUGAUUCUUAAGUUUCAUUUCAUCUACAUAUAUAUAUUUGAUAAAAGCUGAUUAUUUGAAUUGCUUCUUGAUAUCUUUGUGAAACUACAUAAAACUUCUCUCGAUUCAUAUUCUAAGGGAGUAUUAUUGCGUGACAUAUUUUGUGCUUAAAUUAGAAAAUAGCUUAACGUAAAAUGUGAUAUACUUUAGGCAAACAUGUUAUAAACGCCAUUGACCAUAAUUUGCAUACCACAAAAUGCAAAAUGGCGGACACUCGAUAACAUUAAAAUGGAUAACUGUCAGUCUUCUUGGAUAAAAUAAUAUUCUUCGGUAUUUCACCAUUAAAUAUUAAACUUCACACGUUUUAUAUUAAAAAAAACAAUAUAAGUAGGAGACAUUAUUUAUUUUGUUAUGUCAAUAAAGAUUAUAAGUCGCCAUAUUAUGUUUGCUUAAUCUAACAUAACAGCAGUUUCCUUAAAAGUUAGCGCACUUGACGAACUCAUUGCAUGGAGAUUUAAAAAACAUAUAUUAUUGAACACAAGUCAAAAGAGCAUGCUGGUGGCAAUAAUGUUAUUUAGCCGAAUCGUUGCGUUAAGGAUCUGUUUUAUUUUGUGAAGAUUUACUUACAAUGUCAUAAGGUUGACACAAAAUAUGCGUGCAAGUGUUCGACAUAAAGAUUCCACCAACAAACUACAAGCCCGUCGACUUUUUGCUAUAUUAAUUGUUUGAAAUGGCAAUUGUAUCAAGUGAACUUCGCAAACAUAUUUUGACAGAUUUUGAUUCACGUCGAAGUAGUUGCUCUACACAGUAACUCUAUUUAUGUAUGUAUUUAACUUUAUUUUCUUACAAGUCGACUUGCAAAAUGCCGACUGGCGGUUAACUAUAGCUGUUAUUGGUUAUUAGCACUGUUGUAUGUGUACACACACAUAUUGUACAACAUAAUUUUUAUGUUAAGCUACACUGAACUUAAAUUGAAUGUAAUCAUACUCUCAGUCUGUUUCGCUUUACUUAUUAAGCAUGGAAUAAACUUGCGUAACGCGAUUACUAAAUUUCUUUAUUCUAAAAAUUAAUACUAAUCAUAAUACAAACUGAAGAUCAUGUCAGAGAUUUACACAAGUGCAUAUAUUAUACGAAAUGGUACCAUUCAUCGUUUACAUAGUAUAGAUAUGUAUACAAUGCAAUGUAUCCAUCCAAUGUUUUCGUCUUAUUUUACGAAUCAAUCUUUUAUUUUAAGACAUUGUUCCGAAACUGACGGUUUGACAACAGCACAGUUACUAUGUUUUAAAGCAUAUACUUUGUAUUUGCGUGCUCUUUUUUUAGUUGCUGAUUUUUUGCACUUAACUAACAGAUUGGUAAGAUAAAAAAUAAACCGUAUUUCUUUAUGAAAUGUUGCGUAUAUAUUGUACAUAGUGUUUUGUAUAAGAUGCUUAAGUCCCUUCCCCGUAUGUAUUGUCUAUAUUGGAAUAAUUAUGUAUAUUAUGUUCAAAGCGUCUAUGCCAACAAAAUUCGAAUAGCUGUAUUAUACACAUUUUAAAAACUUAAGUUAGUAACGCCAGUUUACAAUAGUCUAUAAUUAUGAACAUAUACUUGAAUUAACAAUAACUUUCUGAAAAAGAAACAAAACAACGUAGAUCGUGUUUGUUGGACUUUUUUGUUGUUAACACCCAACAACAUGUUAACUUUUUAUAUCGUCCGUUUAAUUUUAAUUUAAAUUGGUUUCCAUUUUUUAGUAUUUUUCUCAAUGUUUAUAUAUUCAUUUCUUAAAUGUUCUAUUAUUAUUUCGACGUUUGUAUAUUGUUUGAAUUGAUAAUUUCUUUAAAGUCUUAGAGGUUCUCAUAAGUCUGAUAAUUUGUUUCGGGAAUAUAAGAUGUUGGUUUUUACUCUCACGGUGGAUGUAUGGGUAUCAUUCUUUCCUACGGUAUAUUACAGUAUAAUAAAA